GCGGCUGCUGCCCUGCUGCGGCUGGAGAGGGAGUUUGACAGCAGCUGUGCUAUUGGAGACAAACAAGGACGUGUGUUAGGGGAUUUUUUUACCUUCUUGUUCCCCCACCCCCUGGUCAUAGCUUUGACAGUCUCAUAGGCUGACGAGUUUCUCGGCGAUAUGGUAGCUUCGGUCUGGACUGUUCAAUGCAAGUCUGAUGAGUGAGUCAGUCACUGGCCCUGUCCGCCAUAAUGGUAGACAUGGAGAGCCACUACAGCCCCCCCUCUCCCCUGGAGGAGUCGGUGCUGGGCAGCCCACUGUGUGGGGACUUCAUCGGCAGCAUCGAGGACCUGCAGGACAUCUCCCAGUCCAUUGACGAUGACGCCCUCAGCUCCUUCGACGUGCCCGAGUACCAGUCCUCCAGCCUGGGCUCCGGCUCUGAGAGCUCCACCAUGCUGGACGCCCUGACGCCGGCGUCCAGUCCAUCCUCAGGUGUGUAUGGAGCGGUCCCCGGGCAAGAGGAGUUCUCCUCGACCUCGCUGAACCUGGAGUGUCGCGUGUGUGCCGACCGCGCCUCGGGAUACCACUACGGCGUCCACGCCUGCGAGGGCUGCAAGGGUUUCUUCAGGAGAACCAUUCGCCUCAAGCUGGAGUACGAGAAGUGUGAGCGGCACUGCAAGAUCCAAAAGAAGAACCGAAACAAGUGCCAAUACUGCCGCUUCCAGAAGUGCCUGUCCGUGGGCAUGUCCCACAAUGCUAUCCGUUUCGGCCGGAUGCCCCAGUCGGAGAAGCUGAAGCUGAAAGCGGAGAUCCUGACGGGGGAUCGGGACGUGGAGGACCCGCAGGUAGCCGACCAGAAGACGCUGGCCAAGCAGAUCUACGAGGCCUACCUGAAGAACUUCAACAUGAACAAGUCCAAAGCAAGAACCAUUCUCACGGGCAAGACCAGCACACCGCCCUUUGUCAUCCAUGACAUGGACACCCUGCAGCUGGCCGAGAAGACGCUGGUGGCCAAGAUGGUGGGCUCGGCGGCGGGCAGCCUGCAGCACAAGGAGGCCGAGGUGCGCAUCUUCCACUGCUGCCAGUGCACCUCCGUGGAGACGGUCACCGAGCUGACCGAGUUCGCCAAGUGCGUGCCGGGCUUCUCGGGCCUGGACCUGAACGACCAGGUGACGCUGCUCAAGUACGGCGUUUACGAGGCGCUCUUCGCCAUGCUGGCGUCGUGCAUGAACAAGGACGGGCUGCUGGUGGCCUACGGCAGCGGCUUCAUCACGCGCGAGUUCCUCAAGAGCCUGCGCCGGCCCUUCAGCGACAUGAUGGAGCCCAAGUUCCAGUUCGCCAUGAAGUUCAACGCGCUGGAGCUGGACGACAGCGACCUGGCCCUGUUUGUGGCCGCCAUCAUCUGCUGCGGAGACCGGCCGGGCCUGGUGAACGUUGCGCACAUCGAGCGCAUGCAGGAGGGCAUCGUCCACGUGCUACGGCUCCACCUGCUGGCCAACCACCCGGACGACGCCUUCCUCUUCCCCAAGAUGCUGCAGAAGCUGGCCGACCUCCGGCAGCUGGUGACGGAGCACGCGCAGCUGGUGCAGGAGAUCAAGAAGACGGAGGACAUGUCGCUGCACCCGCUCCUGCAGGAGAUCUACAGGGACAUGUACUGAGGAGGACGAGGAGGAGGAGGAGGAGGAAGGUCCCACCAGCCCUCAGACGAGGGACAAAGUCAAGUCAAGCUGAACAGACCCCACCACCACCGCCACCACCCCCCUCAUGUCAUCCUCUUUGGCAGACUUGCACUGUGAUACUCCAAGCAUGUGUGUGUGAGAGAGAAUGUGUGUGUGUGUGUGUGUGUGUGUGUGUGUGCAAGUGGUUCCCCACUGAAACACUGUGCAAAGGAAGACAAUGAGCCCAGUCUGUGUGCCCCUGUGUGUGUGUGUGUGUGUUAUGAGGGAUGCAGACAUGAACACUGACCCCGUCCACGUCAGCGGCUCCAUGCCGCAACUCCAGAGGACCUUCGGUCUUUUAGGGUCCGGCGAACUCACAGCCGUCUAAAGGGGAACGCCAAGGUCACAGCAACAGCAGCUACGAGUGCCACUGGACGGGUGUGAAAUGGGGGGGGGG